UGUGGGCUAGGCUAAAGUUAUUUCAAUCUGGCAACCAUGCGUCAAAGCACAAUACAAAAAUCAAAACAAUGAUCAUUUUCAUUUUUCAAACGUUGUUUAGGCGUAGGCCGAUAGUCAAUAAAAAUGCUAUCUCAGUAAAUGUGUAGAUUUCUAGGUCUAGAUUCUAAAUCUAGAUUCUAGAUCUAUUUUCAUUUAAAAUUGUUUAGGAAACAUGUGCAACGAACAAAGCAUAUGAGAAAAAAAAGGAGCUAUUGCUUGUGACGUGGGUGGCAGAUGUUGGUAGCAAAGAAAAAAGCUGUUGGACAUGUCUUGAGCAUCUUCAAAGGACAAUCAUCAUCAACAAUGAAGUAUUCUCAAGUUCAGCUUGGUUCUGUUGAGGGAAAUGAUCUGCUUGGUGUAUCCCUUCACAAGGAGGCCACCACUGGCAGUCGCAGGUCACUGAAGAAAGUCUUACAUUCAGCCAAAUGUGUAGAUUUUCCCAACAACCUUGGCCAGACUCCACUGUUUUGCGCUUGUGCCAGGAACAAUGAGGGGACAGCUUUACUGCUGCUGGAGUAUGGAGCCAAUCCCAACGAGAAAAGUCAGAAUGGAAUGACUCCUACCCAUGCAGCAUGCUUCAUGGGCAAUGUUUGUUUGCUUCGAAAAUUAAUUGAAGCUGGUGGAGACUUACGUCUACAUGACACGGAUGGUGCAGGAAUGAGGGAGUGGGCUUUGCGAAACACAGAGCCAAAACGCCGUGGUAGAAUGCUUGAGUUUCUUAACAAGACUCACCUGUUUGCCAUGACGUACAGCGGUGAUACAGCCAGCCGGGAUCAGUUGAUCAGAUUUGGAAGAAGACAGCAUAUGAAAACCUCUUUGUUGGAGUUGAUGAAGCAGAGGAGUUCACAUGACUCAGGUGUCAAGAGUCUUCAGCGAGUAAAGAGUAUGGGAUUUGGAAAGGUGUACCUGGGCAGUGACCACGACGGAGGUCUCAUGUCCAUCAUACCGCUUGUCAGCGAGGCUCUACUCUUUGUCACGAACAGUAACUGCUUUGACUGUGGCUAUAAUACAUUCAUCGAAGAGAUGGAGUGGAUGAACACUCCGGUGAGUGUGAAACAAGUCAAGCCAGACGCCCUCACUGAAGACGGCAUAGAUUUACUCAUUUCUGAUGCUGAACAACUCGGCAAACUCCGACACCCCAAUAUUUUGCUCCUGAUGGGAAUCUGUCAGCCGAGCUGCCUCGACAACAUCAUGGUUCUACUGGAGCGGAUAAAUUAUGCAACCCUGUACCACCUAUUGCAUGAAACGAAAAGAAAGUUGUUGACAAGUCAGAAGAUGAACCUGGUGCAUCAGAUGUGUGGGGCCAUGGAGUUCAUCCACAGCCAGAACCUCAUCCACUGUGGCCUGUCUUCCAUGGCUGUCUAUCUGGUCUCCAUAGGACUGGCCAAGAUUGGGAACCUUGAGUUCAUGGUGGAAGGUCUGAAGGCGGAGUUGGGCAAGCUGAGUGCUGUGUCUCAGGUGAGCCACCGUGGGUUCCUGUAUAACUGGAUGUCACCGGAACUCAUGCAAGCUCGGCCUCCGUGCUACAGUUCUGAUGUAUACAGUUUCUGCUCAGUGCUGUGGGAGAUGUUUGCCGAGCAAGUGCCCUGGUCGGGGGCAGAGGCGGAGGAAAUCCUGCAUAGUGUUGUUGAGGAAAAAACUUCCCUAGAUCUGAAUGUCGCUAAAGUGCCAGAAAAGCUCAAAGCUAUUCUUGGCUAUGGACUGGAAAUCAAAGAAGAUCUACGCUUGAAUAAAUUUUCUUUCAUCGCUAAUUGGCUGAAAGCUGACUCAACUCUGGACCCCCAAUUUCAAAAAGGCCCUUUAAAGUCAUCGAAGCAAAACCACUCUGGGAACAGGACAGGAAGUGAAUCUAGCUCCACAACUUCUAGCCAAAGUGCCAUCAGAGAUACUGUUCGUGAGAUGGGAUGGGGCAGAAGUGAUUUGCAGUUCAUGGACAGGUGUGAUCCAGCCAAGCUCAGUGAUACAGACAUUGAUAAAGUUAGUCUGCAAGGGUUCUCGAAGGAAGAUCUGCCUACUCCGCUGUCUAGGACAAACACUUGUGGUACAUACUGUGCUGACCCUGGGAAUCUUCUGUACAUGCAUGGCUGGUCUUGUGAACAAGAACAACAGGUUGGUGAUGACCGACCACUUUAUAGGUCAUCUCCAGCUUUGAUGAACACAGCAGUUGUGGGGCCUGGAACACUGAGCCAUCCAGGGAAGAGCCUGGUGCGUCCAGCAUCCCACAUGGAUCCUGCAAUGCAUGGGUACCCGGGGACAGGCUGGGGUCCUUCCCUGGGGUUUGGGAGAAAUAACAACGGCAAACCUUCAGCCCAUGAGCAGACGAGGAGCGUCACUUUGCCCAGGAGCUUUCUCUCCCAGCCACAGCUGUGGUGAGUCUUUGCUUGCUCAUCUGCCUAGAUGAGGGGCUCAGUGGCUCAACAGUUAUAGUAUGCACCUGUCAAACUGAAGGUUAGGAAUUUGAUCCCCAUCGGCAUCAGGUUUUUAAAAAAUUUAAUUUUCUGCAUGCCCUGAUCCUUGGGUAGGUCGGAUCGAGCACCUAGCCUUCUUGGAUAGGGAUGAAAAAUUUUGUAGGUCCCACCUGGAAUAUGAGCAGGUUAAAGAUUCUUUGAUGGUUAUAAAAUAAAAAAGAGUAUGUCCUUUAGGCUGCCAUUUGGACAAACUUCAAACUCAAUUCCUACCCAAAACUGAAGCCACUUUGGUUGUUUAAAUAUUAAGAGUGCCUUUGAAAAUAAAACAAACUAUCCAUGGUCAUAUUACGAAAUUGCAAGCCAGGUUAUUACAUUUUUAUUUGCGGAUUACUUCCCAGACAGCAUGACUUCCUCGGCUGACUGUGCGGCAUUGAGUCGGCAAGGCGGACAAGCGGAUUACGAUGUCUAACUGACGUAGGGCCGACGUCAAAUAACGACUCAGCGGUUGCCGACCCAUUGCCGAUACUCCGUUUUAUAGCGUUGUCCGACAGUCAGCCGACAAAGCGGCGUUCACACAUCAAAUCGACGUCGGCUCGUAGGCGGUCACAUUAGAUUAAAGGGACAUAAUUUUAUAA